AAUACUUUGAAAUAGCAUAAUAUCCCAGACGCCAGAGCCGCUCAAAUUCGCAAACAGUGCAAUCAGAAUUGAUGUUGGCUGUUCGUCUCGUAAAUAGACGACGAAAUCGAUUACGUCCUAUCGCAGCCUUCGCAUAUCCGUGCUGCCGGCCAGCUACAGGAUUAAUUCGAGCAUACAGCGAUGGAGGUCAGGUUAUAGCGACAAAUGUGACAGGCGGCAGCAAGGCUGGGCAGAAAAACCCGAAGACUGCUGAGUCCACCGCGGAGGCCACAAAAUCUACCAAGAAACCGCGCAAACAGAGGAGUGACGCAGGAACAUCAAGGGGGGGUAAUAAUAGUGGGAAUCCGCCGAAACCCAGGACCCCAUCAACAAAACCGAGGAAGAAGAGGAGUGAUGCAGGGGUUCUCAAGGGGCCUCUUUUGAAGAAAGCAUUUGAAGAUGUGUUGCAUGGAGCCAGAACCGCGAUCCCAGAAGGCGAAGCGGAGACAGAUUCAGUACCUAGCAAGCGGAAAAGCGUCAAAAGCUUAUCACGAAUUGCGUUUGGCAAACGCGGAGACAAAGCCCGUCAGAACAUUAUCGGCGAGGAAUUAUGUGAUGAUAUUAUACAACGACUAGCUCCGAGCCUUGAGAAGCACAAGGGAUGUGAUAUAAUAGACAUCAACCCCGGAGUCGGCCUAUGGUCGUCCAAACUGCACGAUAUCGUGAAGCCCCGGACUCACAUCCUCAUGGAACCCGACUCCUCGACAUAUAAACCCUACCUCGAGCCCCUAUUAAACCAAAAAGACUCCACCUACAAGCUCCUCCCCAUGUCCGGCAUCAUCUGGAACAACCUCAACAAACUCGAACGCGACGGCCACCUCCCGCACCAAACCCUCCUCUCCCCCAGCGACCCCUCCCUCGAAAAACCCAACACCACCCUCCUCGUAACCGCCAACCUAGGCUACUGGCCGCGCCGCCCCUACAUCGGCUUCCCCUCCAUCACGACCCUCGUAGUCCACCAACUCCUCACCGCCACGCGCGCCCACUCCGUCUUCCAAGGCUACGGGCAAGUGCGCAUGCUAAUCUGGAUGCACGACCUCGAGAAACGCAUCGUCCUCCCCCGGCUGAUCAUCAACCGUCGCAAAUCCAGCAUCGAAGCCGAGAUAUCCUGCGAAUACAUCCAUGAAGUAGCGGGUGGCGACCUGGAAACCGAAAACUUCCGCCGCGAACAGGCAAUCGACAUGCUCUCCGGCCAGCGCGUCGCUCCCGCCAUGGCGGCUGCGGGUCUGCACACCCCGCCGCACCGCGAGGGGAUCAUGGAGAGGGAAGCGCGGACCUCGCAACUCGCUGCUAGCACGCCUAAUAUCGGCGUCCGCCGCCCUUUUGAAGAUGAACUCACGGCCCUGGAAGAACGCUACGCGGCCGGAGAGUUCCCGGAGUUCUACGAUGAAGUGGAAGACCAUCACGUCGCGACGCCCGAGGUCUCGCUCGAUAGCACGAGGCGCCGCACAGAGGAGUUCCGACGCUUGCAGGCCCUACGAUGGAGACUUAAAGCGGUGGGGGUCGUGAAUGAUCUAGUUGAGUCACGGCUCGACAGCUACGAAGCUCUUGAAAACGAAUGGGUUGCCCUCCGCGCCUCUAACGAUCCAAAGCGCGAAGAGGGCAUGGCUAGAGUAGAAGAGGGUAUACGAGAGUGGCGCCGCGCCCUAGAGUCCGGGGCACGCACAACAGUCACAGCAGUGACCCAGCGCCUCGAAGAGCGUCGCGGGUUCCUCGCCGAGCCCGCCCUACUAGUCUGGGACCGCCGCGCCAUGGAGCCCUUGAUCGUCAAACCAUCCGAAUUCGCGCCCGCGCAACCAAUGGCACUACUUGAUUUCCAGCCCCGCAGCAUCUGGCCGAGCCUCAGGGCGGAGGGGUUGGGUUGCUACGAUUACUUUGAGUUUAUGCUCGCGGCGCUGUUUAUCAUGCCGAAGCAGAGUGUGGUUGCUGGGUUGAGGGCGCUGGCGCCGGGGGCGGAGGAGUGGAUCCUGCCGAGGUGUCCGGCGUUGAGGGAUGUGGGUAAGGGGGGAGUGGUGGAUUUGGAGAUGUUGACGGUGAGGAGUUUGACGGAGGGGAUGUUGAGGGAGAUGUUUGAGGAGUUUAUGAGGUGGCCUUUUCGGCCGAGUAAGGCGGAGAUGGUGGCGAGGGGGGGGAGUCAGGAUUUGCAUGGGGAUGGGGAGGGGGAGAUGGAUAAACAUGGGGGAGGGGGGUAG